AUGGCUGUAUUGGCUGAAUGGGAUGAAGCCGGGUUAGCCCUGAAACCAAAGGAGGCACGCUUCUGGGAGAGGCGUGAGGCCACCACCUUCUUGAGCAGAGAAAAAGCUUGGAUUGAACAAUGGCUUAAUGCAUGGAAAGAGCUUGACGAACAUCAAGCCAGCACCACCGACUAUUACAACACAGAUCAGUACUUUAACCAUCCUCUCCGAAAGGCCAACCCUGCUCUCAUCAUUACGAUGUUCAUUGCCGUUGCACUGAGCGUGAUUGCCAAUGUCAGCAGAUCACCUUGUAAUUUGGUGUUACACCUCAUGAAACAUAUGCUUCAAUUGGUUGCACCAAGUGUGACUUGGGAAAACAUACCUGAAGAUAUUUGCACUGCACAUCAAAAAUUUGACUUAGACCCUGUUACAACGACUUACGCUACAUGCCCUGCUUGCUCUUUCCUAUAUGCGCCAGUUGAAAAGGAUGGGCAUCAAGUAUAUCCUCCAUGA